AUGUCUGGUUAUCACGAGAGCUUCUGCCAUCUUUUAGAACUGGAUGGAGGGAUGGAUGGUCAUCUAGAGCGAGGGAUGGAUGGUCAGCUUGAACGCGCGAUAGAUGGUCAUCUAGAGCGAGGAGGGAUAGAUGGUCAGCACUGCGUUAACGACGAGGAGUGUUUGGAGAUCGGCGCGGCUGAUAAUUCAAGCAUCUCUGCCGACGAACUUCCAUCUUGUGCGUAUGCAACAAAGCGAGAUCGAUACCACCAGUAUCACAAACACACCAGCUGCAGUAUCGCACCCUCCAACGAUUACCCUAUACCAGAUGACCAGGUACAACAUGAGUAUUCUACGAUACCCCAGGAUCGAACACUUUUAGCUUCAGACGACAACUACGAGUACUACGGACCCGGAAACUCUCUUGGAUAUCACGAUAAUAACGGUCAAUACCCGGGUAGCUGUGUCUACCAGUACGGGGUGCCCCGGGCCGCCGCGAACGUCCGGGAGAGAAAGCGAAUGAUGAGCAUCAACGGAGCAUUCGAGGAGCUGCGUCUGCACGUGCCCACCUUCCCGUUUGAGAAGCGCUUGUCCAAGAUCGACACGCUGCGGCUGGCCAUCGCCUACAUCGCGCUGCUCAGGGAUAUACUGGUCUCGGGUUCGGAUCCCCUGGAGUUUGUUGAGGCCAGCAUGCACCGCAGGGACGACAACACGUCAGAGUGGAACACAAGCGAUCUGAUGUCGCGUCUCUCAUGGGUUCGAUGGGAGAACCUACGCUGAGUGCCGCGGAUGAACUUGUUUAAAAAUAACUUUUCAAAGUGGCACGUGACAGCUAAUUAUAGCACAAAGAUGGUGUGGUUGUUAUUCCGACUGGCUGCUCACGUUUUCUGUUCCUGGUCUGUCCAAUGUUGUCAGAGAAUUGGAAGCAGACGUUCAAGGAUACAAGAACUAGAGGAAAACCUGAACAAAAUGUUUAGA